UUUGUGGCUUUGCAACAUGUGACUUCUGUUCAGAAAUAGAGAAUAUCCUUUUGACUAAUCUGCAAGUUUUAUUGAAGAAAAAAAAGAUAUUUGGGAUUUCAAGGUGGCUGCUUUUUAAAAAACCAAAUUUACCGUGUAAGAGGACCAUUUUUAUUUUUUAUUCUGAAAACUUUGGCUGAGUUUUGGUGUCUUGACUCAGCAAAGGCUGUCGUUCAGCAAGGCUUGGUAAGCAUGAAAGUGGGUACUGAAGCUUUUCCUUUAUUUCAUAAUCCCAAUUGUUUUUCUAGAAACCAUCAAUAGUUUCUAAAUGACUGACUCAAUUUUUGGAUCCUAUUCUCAUGACCAAGCAAAUGUUUGACUUGAAACCAUCCCAGUAUAAAUGUCUCUGUGCCUCUAACUCUGAAUCUAUUCCUGGAUUUCAGCACUGGAGAAACCCAUCAAAAAUGUCUAAAACUGGAACAAAGGUAAAUAAAUGAUCAUGCUGAUUUUUAGCCUAACUACAUUUUUUUUUUUUACCUAAUGAUACAUUGAAAAAAACAUGUAGAAAAUCUUUAGCUACUUUCCCUGCUGGUGAGUAUGAUAGUGUUUAGAAGGUUAGGAUAGGGAGAGAAGAUUAAGAGAUGCUUAUUAUAUUCUCUAACAGAAUUAUCAAACAGUUUGUUAAGGGGUUAUCAGUAUGUGUGGUGCUAUGUUGAAUACUGUACAAGUAUAUAACAUGUAAAUACCAUGAUUUUUGUCUUCCAGAAACUAAUAUUCCAUGCACUUCCACAGGAAUAGGAAUGCUGAUCAGAGGAUUAUGUAAAGUAGAAAGCUUUUGGUAUUUAAUGAAAAUUUUGUUUUAUGAAAUUUAGCCUCAACCAUUAAUAUUUUAGAAGGCCAAGGUGGAUGGAACAAACAAGAGAAUUAAAUCCUACAUAUCCUCUUCAUUCAAGCAGUUACUCUAACCCUUUGCCCCAAAUAAAGUGCUUAUUAAGUUAAGAAAAUUACCUAUAAAUAUUUGAUUUACAGUUGUUGAACUGGCUAUUUGGUCCCGAGGCAGGGCUUUGGGAAUGAGGGAAUGUACUUUCAUUCUUUUUACUUUGAAAACUUUCAAACCCAUUGCAUCAUUUUAGAGAGCACCUAUUAAUAUGUUCUAGAACUGGUUAGUGCCUGGUUAUUUUCCUUUUAGAAAAUAGAACUAAUAAUCAUACUUGUUAUUCAGAAGGAGAAAAAUGAGACAGUGUCUUUAGUGCUCUGAAUUUCUUGAUAAUAUGCCAAGCACAUCCCACUGAGAAUGUGCAGUCCUAGAGAGAUAUCCAUGUACCUCAAGGGAAAGCUGUUACAAAAUCACCUUAGAUGAAAACAUCCCUGCUUUCAGAGAUUUCCGAAGUAGUAAUGGUGUGCUCUCUCAUUUCUUGUGACUGAACUUUUGCUUAAGUUAAAUAACCUUUGUUUGCUAGGCCAAAGAAGACUGCAUCUCUUUCUCUUACUCUCCCUUUCCCACUGUCUUGCUAGCAGUUUAAUCAGAGGAGUUAAGGGCUUGGCAGAAAGAACAUGUUGUGUUUGUUUUUGUUGCCUCUGGAAUACUUGAGACACUUUUCUUUCUGCCACAUUGGAUUAGUAGGCUAUUUUUCAAAAAGUCAACUUGAAAACAAGAGGAAUUUUGAAAUUUUAGGCAAAUCUUCUGCACAUUUCUUAGCCUUUUCUGCAGAUUCCCCUCCCACCCUGAAGAGUUAAAACCUUCUCUUAGCUGAGCAUAGAGUAGACUUCAUAGACCUACAAAUGGAAAGUGAGUAGAUUUGCAACAUUCUCUGGGCCCUGAGAGUUUAGAAGGUCUCCCUGAAAGGUGAGCUUGGUCCUGGAGCUCAGUAAUAGUUCCAUGGCAACUAGUGCUUUGUUUCAAUCUUGGGAUGGUUAGCUGCUCUGCUGGGAGGUUGGACAGCAAGGUGACCUUGUAGAAUAUCGUGUAUAUUUCACUUCUUAGCUAUUAAUGUCAGUCAGGCACAUGUGCAAAGGGCAGUAAAUGUGAGAAACAAUGAAGGAAAAAGAUGAUACUAACUUAAUUUCCCAUAACAUAUCCCUUGCAAAGGCUCUUUUGUGAUUAGUUGGCUGAAAACCAAAGGUAAGUUGAAUUAAGGACUUUGGGUCUAUCAAUUCAUAGAAAUGUUACCUUGAUUUUCCUAAAGAUCUUUUCACAGGUUUUGGGAAAAACCCUUCAGACUCAGCAUCAGUCUUGUUCUAAGAGAGUAAAUUCUAUUUGUCAAAAGGGAUAGCUGUGUAGGUAGGAAGACAGCAAAAGGGAAAAUAAAGUAAAAUAAAAUGAACCACAGAUUACUAACCAGGAAUUUGCACUGCAGUCCACUCACUUGCCUGCAACUAACUGGUCACUAGAUAUUGACCAUAAGAAAGUUAAUUAACUUCCUUUUCUGUAACAGCUAUAAGAAAAGCUUAUUGGCAAUUUUGAACUAGGUAUUAUACUAAUUACUUUAUCUACAUUAUCGCAUUGGACCCUCAGAGCAAUCCUGUUCAGUAGAUACGAUGAUCCAGUUUUACAGAUGAAGAGACUGAGCCUCAGAGAGAUUCAAUGGCUUGUUCAAGUCACAGAGCCAGCGGCUAGUGGUGCUGCUAUUUUAUUUUGUUUGAUUUUUAUCUGUAAACAGGGGCACCAUAUAUCUUUAAAUACUAGUAUAUGCUGUGCUAAAAUGGGAAAAGGAGCUGGAAGAGAUGAAUUUGGGAAGGGGCAAAAGGAGAUAAAGUAGAUGAUUAGGGGUGGGAAGGAAGCUUUUAGGGAACAGGAAAUAAAAGAGAUGAAAUGGGAAAGGUAAAGAGGGAAGAUUAAGGUAGAAGGAAAUAAUUAUUAGUAGGGAACCAUCUAGAAAAAACUACAUGGGGUGGAAGAGAAUGAGGUUUUAUGUCCAUUUGUGAGUAAUUCUUGGUUUCUUCUCACCUUUAUUCUCUGCAUCUAAUUAGUCACCAAACCCUAAAUUUCUGUUGCACGUUUUCUUAUCAUCAUUCACAUUGCCAUUGCCUUUCCAUUGGCCCUCAUCACUUACCUUGCCCAUAACAACCAUCUAUUUCCAGGUACAUCUCCCGCAUUAUCACCAAAGGGAUUCUAGCAUGGCUCCUGUGUCUCUUUUCUGCCUUCAUUUCCUAAUACUUCACAAACACUCAAUGUAAUGGCCCCUACAAAGGCUCAUAAUGUCUCACUCCUUUAUUCCUUUGAACAGGCUAUCCUUUUUCCUUUGCCUGUGGAGAAAACCCCCACUUAGCCUUCAAGCCUCACCUAGAAGAUCCUCUCCAGACUAGUUUGCUCUGCUCCUCCUGGUUUUCUCCUUUUAAACCGAUAGAGCAAAGAGUCACAAGGUGGCGGCAUAACGCCAGGGAAUUAACUUCUUAUGAUGCCUGUGACCUCAGUUUUAAAUGAUAACCUAGCAUUGAUUUUGGAUUGAGGAAUUAUAGCCCAUUUGGUCUAGUGGUUGUCAGACACUGUUUCAUUAAGCCCUGGGUUAUUUCUUGUAACUCUAUCCCCUAUUUCAACCAGAAAAGCUCUGAGUUUUAUUUCACAGCCAGGGCGACCAAAGUAGUCUAUUUCUUUCAUUUGACAAAUAGGACUUGGAACCAAGAGAUGGCUUGAUUAAGGUAGUGGGGCUGAUUAUGGAGAUGCAGCUCUAGAGCCCAGGUUUAUUAUUUCCAGUUUUGCAGGGCUGCAUGUUUUCCAAGGCCAUCACAGAUCCAAGGGGGUACCCCAAGCAUUCUGUUAGAAACUGGGGAAGAGUUUGAAACAGAGAACAUUUUGUUACUUUGCAACAAUUUUCUUGGCAAUAAAAUAAUACAGAACAUAAUAUGGUAUAUUUUCAUGCUCUGUAUCCAUCUAAAAAAAGUUCUCUAAAGUUAAGGUCUGUUUAUUUUGCCUAUGUAUCUUCUAUUUCACCUAGAAUGAAUGCCUGCAUUUACACUUAUUUGCCUUCACCAAACAUUUAUUGAGGGUCUGACAAGUGCUGGGCACAGCGGUUUUUAGCACAAAUGAGGUUUGGUCUUCACCCUUGAAAAAAGUCCACUAGGAGGUCUGGUGGGAGAGAUAGACAUAUUAGUAGAUAAUUUAUUAUGUAAUGUGGUAAGUACAGUUAGGCGUGGGAAUGAAAAGCAGGAAGCAGUGAGCUUGCGUCUGAAAUUGCCGGCUUAUAUUAGAGCACUUUUUGGUUUUUUUAUGUAAGCCCUCAGAACGUACUCAUUCCUAUCGUUGACAACCAAAGUUGUCUGUCAGAAGGUAAAUGUUAUAAGGUGAAGUAGCGCAAAAAUGGAGAAGGAAGGAAAUUAUGAAGUGGGGAGUAUGCUCUUAAUUUCUAUCUUAUGUAUGAAUGAUGCCACCAAACUACUCAGUUCUCUUUGUUUGCCCUGCACUUCAGAUUACUUUCUAUGAAGACAAAAAAUUUCAAGGCCGCCACUAUGACUGUGAUUGCGACUGUGCAGAUUUCCACAUGUACCUGAAUCGCUGCAACUCCAUUAGAGUGGAAGGAGGCACCUGGGCUGUGUAUGAAAGGCCCAACUUUACUGGGUACAUGUACAUCUUACCUCGGGGCGAGUACCCGGAAUACCAGCAUUGGAUGGGCCUCAACGAUCGCCUGGGCUCCUGCAGGGCUGUUCAUCUGUCUAGUGGAGGCCAGUAUAAGAUUCAGAUCUUUGAGAAAGGGGAUUUUAAUGGUCAGAUGUAUGAAACCACUGAAGACUGUCCUUCCAUCAUGGAGCAGUUCCACAUGCGAGAGGUCCACUCCUGUAAGGUGCUGGAGGGUGCCUGGAUUUUCUACGAGCUACCCAACUAUCGCGGCAGGCAGUACCUUCUGGACAAGAAGGAGUACCGGAAGCCCAUCGAAUGGGGUGCAGCUUCCCCAGCUGUCCAGUCUUUCCGCCGCGUUGUAGAGUAAUGACAUGGAUGGGCCAUAAGCUUCUUCCUAGGGGCCAAACACUGCUGGCCUUGUCAUCAAAUAGGUGUCAUAAAUAAAACA